AUGCGAAUUCAGCCUAAUAUUCCUCAUGUUAUCCUCUGUCUAUUUCGGAAUAUUCGCGUUUUUCGGUAAGUUCUUUUUUGGAAAUAAAAAACGCUUGAAGAUAACAUCGGAUUGCCGGUUUCCUCGAUUUGAUUAACUUUUCGAGACUCUUAUUGACAUUUUUAAUUCGACAUGAAGCCUUUCAAUUAUAGCUGGCCCUUCAUUGCAAAGGUGGUGCUGUCAUUAACAGUGCUAAUUAUUGUGGCCAAACUGCAAUGGAAUGCCAUAGUUGAUGCACAGAUCAAGAAAAAGUUGUUGGAAGAAAGGUUUAUUCAGAAAUGUGAUCCUGAUGAUGCGGUAAGGUUGUACUUAUAUUGUUUUAGGGUAGUAUAAGGCUUGUUUUGUAGGGUAGAGUACAGUAAUUUUCAUGGAGGUAUAGCGGAUUUAUGAGCUAGUGUAGGGUAAGAGCUCAUCAUUUUAAAUUUUUUAGAUUUGCAAGCACUGUCCCUUCUUCCAAGAACGUACUCACAAGAUGAUGACCUGUGUUGCGGACCGUUUCGCACAAACUCUCGCCAUGGAUGACAUUGGCACCUACGAUGAUGCCAUUUUGGAUGCACCAAAACUGUGCACCUUCGAAUGGCUUCUAGAACAAAGAGUGGUACAGUUGAUUGAGCUAGGUAAAACCAUGUUGUCAUUGGCUCCGUCGAACUUGAAUGCUCCGAUGACAGCUCUAGUUAUUGGUCAUAACGACGACUUUUAUGCUGAACGACAGCUGGCUUUGAACAUUACCGCUGUCAAGUACUAUGGCAUCAAUUUGGAAAACGAAGAAGCUAAGGAGGCUUUCGGGACGACUUUGAAUGGUACUCUUUUGAAUGAGACGAUUAGUACUGCGCCGGAUAAUGUUGGUAAGGCUUUUUGAGAUUUUCUACUGACUAAAUUCUUAACUAUUACGAUAAAAAAACUUUAACAGUCUUUACAUACGUAUAUAUUACACAUAGCGAAAACUGUCAUUAAGACUGUUUUUCUCAUUAGUCAUAUAAAUUUAUUAGAUUUCUUUGAAUAUUUUAAUCCCUUAAUUAAUUCCAACGCCGCUAAGAUAACCAAAGCCGAUUUACAUUCCUAACCGAACCGAAAUAGCUAUUGAUGUCCACAAAGUCACGGUUUUAAUAUGCACAAUGUUCAUAAAUAUUUAUAACAAUUUAUAAUCCGGGAAUAGCUACGGUAAAGGCUUUCAGGAGUUCAGUAUGCUACUAGAUUAGAGGCUUGGUUAAAGAUAAAUGUAAUGUGUUGCAGCAUCUUAUAGUAGGUAGAUUUUUAGGUGCAAAAAAGCCUACCUAUAAAGGGUAGGGUGCAGCAGGAAAGGGAUGGUAGGGUUGGGGUAAGGUAAGUUAGCGUAAGGUAGGGUAAAGCUAGGGUAAGAUAGUGUAGAGUAGCGUAGGGCAAGGCUAUGGUAGAGUAAGCUAAAAUAAACUAGAUUAUUCUAGGGCAAAGUAGGACAGGUCACACUAGAGUAGUCAGUAAGCUAGGGUAAGGGCAUGGUAAUGUAGGAUAGUGUAUUUUAGAAAUAUUAUAAUCGCUGCAAACAGAAACCACCGUAUUUUACAAAACUAACUACCUAAAACAAGAAAAAAUAUUAAAAACUAGACUUCUACCUUUUCAGAAGCCGAUGGAAUGAUUGCCGACCAGCUAUUCCAAAAGUAUUUCCCUCGUCGGCCGGUCGAUGUGAUCUUCCUCAACUCCAUUGCUUCCGAAUCCUUUAUCAGCCAGCUAUUGGGCCACGGUACUCAUGGAAUACCUAUUCCACCAUGUCAACUCAACUUCAGAAUCACGAUUCCAAAACAAUUGUCCGAUGUCAAGGCCUUUACCAGGUGGUUGAGUGAAAUGGCAGCUUCAUUGAAGCCGCGUUACACUCAAUUUGUACUUGGUCCUACUGCCAUUUCCGAGAGAAAUGGAGUCAAAACGUUGCAGGCUUAUCUUGUUAACGUUGGGAACCCAACUUGUGUAGCCAGGUUUCUUCAGAAAAGCGAAUGUAGAGCUUUGAUUGCCACGGAGUUUGAUGAAUAA